AUGGGCAGUGAGCCAAAGGAAUGGCGUCUUGAAACGUACCGUUGCUUCCGUGAAACGGAGGCAGCCACUGCAGGUAAAAGCACAGAGUGCAGAACGUCUGCGGAGGUGUCUGCAGCGGAUCUUGCACCAGACGGUAUCUGGUUAACCAGGCGCAACCACAAUGCUGCUCCGCUCGCUCUUCGUCUCUCCGAUUACGCUCACCUCGUCAUUCUUCAAGGCAGUGAGAUUGUCGAGUCCUACUUCCUUAUUUUGGCUAAGAAGUGGAUUAAAAUGGUCAUUAUUGAAGAUGAAUUAAUGCUCUACAUACGCGGACGCAAAAAUGUUCGCCGUCUGCGCCUAACUUUCCCGACGUCCGACGAUGCUCGCUCCUGCUAUCACGAGCUUGCCAGGUAUGUUUCUGUCAAGCAGCGCUCUUCCUCACCGAGCAAUGCCGAAGCUAAUGCAGCUGCAGCAGUAGCAGCAGAAGAAGAGGAGCAAGUAGCGCGGUGGUUGUCCACCAUGACGGGGGGUGAGCGGAGUUGCGAUGGUGAAGAGGCGGCGGCUGUAGAGGCGGCAUGGCAUACCAACUGGCCAACAGAGCAACUGGUGGAGCUGGUCAAGCUAUGUCUCCUUGAUGCAAAUUUUCCGGGUUUUGUGCGCCAGGUGCAACAGUGUCUUUGUCUACUGACUACCGUCCAUACGACUGAAAGCAGUGAGCAAAAUCGGACUGAGGAGUGA